GCGCCUCCGCUUUUACUCUCUCUUAUUGUGGUAACUGCACAUGACUCGAGGAUCUGCUAUUAACCUUUAGUCACUUUUACAUUUCACAACGAUUCACUGGGGGCUUUUAUCGAACCGGUGCAAACACGAGAAAAGUAAUAUAUUAUUAUUCAACUAUUAUCUGUUAUAUUAGAGCAGAGAGCAGUUUCCAGAGCCCCUCCCUCCUCUUUCCGGAUUAUUCUGUCCUCCUCUCGAGACACCGACACAACACGAGUUGUGAUUAACAGCGUGUUGUUUCCCGUCUGGACAUCUUUAUACUCUGGAUUUCCAUCUGCUGUUGGAGUUUGGAUGGAUUAAAGAUUUGUUUAGAAAUGAUGCUGACAACAGAUGUAGCCGCAGUCGUGCGUAAAAGUGGCACGGCACCUCGGGCAAAUGUCCACAUCUAGUGUUUCUUCUGACAUCGAGUGCAACUUGAUGAAACGGGUUGUAAAGCGUUCGGUUGGCCGGCACAAGCGUGUGUAUCAAGAAUGAGAAGAAAGUUUGCAAAUAUCAAAAAAUGGAAGAUCCUGUCUUCUACUCUGUCACUGCUGAUUGUGUAUAUCCUGCUGUUGGUCAGAGUAAAGUACAGCUUCAUCCCUGAACCUUCAACUUCCCCGGAAGUUUCAGAUGAUGUGCAGACACAUCACAGGUACAAUAUCAGCUGCCCGGCUAUAUAUGACAUGGACCCUGUGGAGGUGGGUAAAUCUCUGAGGAUUCGAUGGAAAGAAGUCGUGGAGGAUCAGGAUGAAAGUCUUUUUAGCCUCACGUCAAACUGUCCAUUAUUCAUCAAGUCCAGAGGUUAUGACAAGGUGUGUGUCUCAGAGGAGGAGAGAGACUUCCCUCUCGCUUAUUCCCUGGUUGUGCAUAAAUCUGCAUGGAUGGUGGAGAGAGUCAUCAAAGCUCUGUACUCACCAGGGAACAUCUUCUGUAUUCACUACGACCAGAAGUCCUCACCUCAGUUCAUCUCUGCCAUAGAGGGUCUGGUAAGCUGUUUUCCCAACGUCUUCAUUGCCUCCAAACGAGAGUUGGUCUAUUACGCAAGCAUCACUCGAUUGCAAGCUGAUCUCAACUGUCUGUCUGACCUUUUGAGGUCAGAGGUCAAGUGGAGGUAUGUCAUCAACCUCUGUGGCCAAGAUUUUCCCCUCAAGACCAAUAUAGAGCUGGUGUCUGAAUUAAAGAAGUUAAAGGGGGCUAAUAUGCUGGAGACGAGCCGACCCACUCCCUAUAAGGAAAUGAGGUACUCUUUUCAUUACGAGCUGAAAGAUAUCCCACAUGAAUAUCAAAAAAUGCCGAUGAAGACGGAGCAGAAAAAGCCUCCACCCCCUCACGGCAUCGAGAUGUUUAUUGGCAAUGCCUAUUUUGUCUUGUCACGGGACUUUGUUGUGCAUAUGAACUCCUCAGAGGUGGUGAAGGAUUUUUUAGUCUGGUCAGGGGACACUUACUCCCCAGAUGAACACUUCUGGGCCACGCUUGUGCGACUGCCAGGUGUCCCCGGGGAGGUGCCCCGAUCUGAGCCGGAUGUCACUGAUCUGAUGAGUAGGACCCGGCUGGUGAAGUGGAGUUACUUGGAAGAACACCUGUACCCACCUUGCUCCGGGGUACACGUCCGCAGCGUCUGCAUUUUUGGUGCUGCAGAGAUGCGUUGGCUGCUUAACUAUGGCCACUUGUUCGCAAAUAAGUUUGACCCCAAAGUGGACCCAAUUAUAAUUCAGUGCCUCGAGGAGAAGCUGGAGGAAAGACAAAAGUUGUUUCAGUCAGUGGCAUCCUCAACCUGUAAUAAGGUUUCACCAAAGUAACAACAAUCAACAGAGAAUUAAUCUGUAACAACUUUAAUAGUCAGUUAAUGAUUGAUGUAAAAACAAGAAAGGCCAAAAUUCAGCUUUCAUUUUUUUCAGUCAAGAUAAAAGAUUGAUUCUGAAACAGAAUAAGACAAAAGAUCAUAUCAACGUACGUUCAAAGCAACUGUGAAGGCCAUUUUUUACAUAAUUAAAAAGAAAAGUAUCAGGGGGUGAUGCAUACCCUGUGUGUAUACCCCACUCAGGAAAUACUAACUUUUCUUAUCUUGAAAUAAUGUAAUUUCAAUAUCUCAUGAUGCCAUUUAUACUGUAAGGUGAAAUGAUUGGUGAUAGGGAUUAUCUAAUCAAGAUAAGUUAUAUUAUUUGUAGGGACAUCAUGGAAAACGUCUACUUCAGACCAUAUCUUUGGAGACCUUGACCUUGGCUAAUGAGCUCCAUAAGUAUAUCUUCUGAGGGGUGAGAGAGGGGAAAGCAAUAACCUGCUUGCAUGGAUAUCUGCCGCUGCACUGUGCAUCAUAAUAAUAAUCAUUGCAGCUCUUGGUCAGUAAUACUUGGUAGCAGCACUUAGUAGCAGCACUGAGUUGGAUAGAAUUAAAAACGGAAUUCAAAUUGAGCUAAAAUAAUCAAGAAAAGCAGGUAUUUUGAUACAGGUAGGGGGAUGAGUUAUAAUUAUAAUAAUAAUAAUAAUGUAAUUAUAACGUAAUAAGUGGUUACAUUUGAGACCUAACAUGCCCCAACUUGGUUCCAAUUCUUCUGACAUAUAUGGAAAGAUUUUAGUUACAUAAGAGUUUCCCAAUUUAUCAGUUGUUUUGAGACUCAAAAUACAGAAUCCUCUGUAAAUAAAUGCAUGUAAUAAUAAA